GGGCCGGCCGGGCUGGGGGUCCUUCUGACCGCAGGCUCCGAGGAAUCGCGUCGCUCCCGCGGCUCCACGCCGGACGACCCCGCCGGCCGGACGACCCCGCGAAGGUCCCCCAGGGCUUCCUGUGCGGCGCUGACAUGGCUGAGAGCACCUCGCCACCCUCCUCAUCUGCAGCGGCAGCACCGGCCUUGGAGCCAGGGAUCACAGAGCAGCCGGGGCCCCAGAGCCCCCCUCCAUCCCCUCCAGGCCUGGAGGAGCCCCUGGAUGGAGCCGAUCCUGAUGUCCCACACCCGGACCUGGCACCCGUUGCCUUCUUCUGCCUUCGACAGACUACUAGCCCCCGGAACUGGUGCAUCAAGAUGGUGUGCAACCCAUGGUUUGAGUGUGUCAGCAUGCUGGUGAUCCUGCUGAACUGCGUGACCCUGGGCAUGUACCAGCCGUGCGACGACAUGGACUGCCUGUCGGACCGCUGCAAGAUCCUGCAGGUCUUUGAUGACUUCAUCUUCAUCUUUUUUGCCAUGGAGAUGGUGCUGAAGAUGGUGGCCCUGGGCAUUUUUGGCAAGAAGUGCUACCUCGGGGACACCUGGAACCGGCUGGAUUUCUUCAUUGUCAUGGCUGGGAUGGUCGAGUACUCCCUGGACCUUCAGAACAUCAACCUGUCGGCCAUCCGCACUGUGCGUGUCCUGAGGCCCCUCAAAGCCAUCAACCGUGUGCCCAGCAUGCGGAUCCUGGUGAACCUGCUCCUGGACACGCUGCCCAUGCUGGGCAACGUCCUCCUGCUCUGCUUCUUUGUCUUCUUCAUCUUUGGCAUCAUUGGCGUGCAGCUGUGGGCUGGCCUGCUGCGCAACCGCUGCUUCCUGGAGGAGAACUUCACCAUACAAGGGGAUAUGGCCCUGCCACCCUAUUACCAGCCAGAGGAGGAUGACGAGAUACCCUUCAUCUGCUCCCUGUCAGGGGACAAUGGCAUCAUGGGCUGCCAUGAGAUCCCCCCACUCAAGGAGCAGGGCCGAGAGUGCUGCCUGUCUAAGGAUGACGUCUAUGACUUUGGGGCGGGGCGCCAGGACCUCAACGCCAGUGGCCUCUGUGUCAACUGGAACCGCUACUACAAUGUGUGUCGCACAGGCAGCGCCAACCCCCAUAAAGGCGCCAUCAACUUUGACAACAUCGGGUAUGCCUGGAUCGUCAUCUUCCAGGUGAUCACUCUGGAAGGCUGGGUGGAGAUCAUGUACUACGUGAUGGAUGCGCACUCCUUCUACAACUUCAUCUAUUUUAUCCUGCUUAUCAUAGUGGGCUCCUUCUUCAUGAUCAACCUGUGCCUCGUUGUCAUAGCGACCCAGUUCUCGGAGACCAAGCAGCGGGAGCACCGGUUGAUGCUGGAGCAGCGGCAGCGCUACCUGUCCUCCAGCACGGUGGCCAGCUACGCCGAGCCUGGGGACUGCUACGAGGAGAUCUUCCAGUACGUCUGCCACAUCCUGCGCAAGGCCAGGCGCCGUGCCCUGGGCCUCUACCAGGUCCUGCAGAGCAGGCACCAGGCCCUGGGCCUGGGGGCACCGGCCCCUGCCAAGCCCGGGCCCCACGCCAAGGAGCCCAGGCACUGCAAGCUGUGCCUGAGACAUAGCCCCCUGGAUCCAACGCCCCACACGCUGGUGCAGCCCAUCUCUGCCAUGCUGGCCUCCGACCCCAUCAGCUGCCCGCGCUGCCAGCAUGGGACCGGGCAGCAGCCCUCAGGCCCAGGCAGCACGGAUUCCGGCCAGGAGGGCUCGGGCUCUGGUGGCUCGGGUGGUGAUGAGGUGGAGGCCGACGGGGACGGGCCCCGGAGCAGUGAAGAUGGGGGGUCCUCAGGCCCGGGGAAGGAGGACGAGGAGGAACAGCCAGACGGGGCUGCCGGGCUGUGUGGGGACGUGUGGCGGGAGACACGAGGCAAACUUCGGGGCAUCGUGGACAGCAAGUACUUCAACCGGGGCAUCAUGAUGGCCAUCCUGGUGAACACCGUCAGCAUGGGCAUCGAGCACCAUGAGCAGCCUGAGGAGCUGACCAACAUCCUGGAGAUCUGCAAUGUGGUCUUUACCAGCAUGUUCGCCCUGGAGAUGAUCCUGAAGCUGGCCGCCUUCGGGCUCUUCGAUUACCUGCGGAACCCGUACAACAUCUUCGACAGCAUCAUCGUCAUCAUCAGCAUCUGGGAGAUUGUGGGGCAGGCGGAUGGCGGGCUGUCAGUGCUACGCACCUUCCGGCUGCUGCGGGUGCUGAAGCUGGUGCGGUUCAUGCCUGCGCUGCGGCGCCAGCUGGUGGUGCUCAUGAAGACCAUGGACAACGUGGCCACCUUCUGCAUGCUGCUCAUGCUCUUCAUCUUCAUCUUCAGCAUCCUUGGGAUGCACAUCUUCGGCUGCAAGUUCAGCCUCCGCACCGACACGGGAGACACGGUCCCCGACAGGAAGAACUUUGACUCCCUGCUGUGGGCCAUUGUCACGGUGUUUCAGAUCCUCACCCAGGAGGACUGGAAUGUUGUCCUCUAUAAUGGCAUGGCCUCCACCUCCCCCUGGGCCUCCCUGUACUUCGUUGCUCUCAUGACCUUUGGCAACUAUGUGCUCUUCAACCUGCUGGUGGCCAUCCUGGUGGAGGGUUUCCAGGCUGAGGGUGAUGCCAACCGCUCCUAUUCAGAUGAGGACCAGAGCUCAUCCAACAUGGAGGAGUUGGACAAACUCCAGGAGGGCCUGGACAGCAGCGGAGAUCUCAAGCUCUGCCCAAUCCCCAUGACCCCCAAUGGGCAUUUGGACCCCAGUCUCCCACUGGGUGGGCAUCUGGGCCCCUCUGGGGCUGCAGACCCUGCCGCCCGCCUCUCCCUGCAGCCAGACCCCAUGCUGGUGGCCCUGGACUCCCGAAAGAGCAGCGUCAUGUCACUGGGGAGGAUGAGCUAUGAUCAGCGCUCCCUGUCCAGCUCUCGGAGCUCCUACUACGGGCCGUGGGGCCGCAGCGGGGCAUGGGCCAGCCGCCGCUCCAGCUGGAACAGCCUCAAGCACAAGCCGCCAUCGGCGGAGCACGAGUCCCUGCUCUCCGCUGAGCGCAGCGGCGCCCGGGUCAGCGAGGGCGCUCGGGACGAGGGUCCGCCGCGCGCUGCGCCCCUGCACGCCCCGCACGUCCACCACGCGCACCACGGGCCCCACGUGGCGCACCGCCACCGCCACCACCGCCGCACGCUGUCCCUCGACACCAGGGACUCGGUGGACCUGGCCGAGCUGGUGCCCACUGUGGGCGGUCACCCGCGGGCCGCCUGGAGGGCGGCGGGCUCGGGCCCCGGCCACGAGAACUGCAAUGGCAGGAUGCCCAGCAUCGCCAAGGACGUCUUCACCAAGAUGGACGACCGCAGGGACCGCGGGGACGACGAGGAGGAGAUCGACUACACCCUGUGCUUCCGCGUCCGCAAGAUGAUUGACGUCUACAAGCCCGACUGGUGUGAGAUCCGUGAGGACUGGUCCGUCUACCUCUUCUCUCCUGAGAACAGGUUCCGGGUCCUAUGUCAGACCGUCAUCGCCCACAAGCUCUUUGACUACGUGGUCCUGGCGUUCAUCUUCCUGAACUGUAUCACCAUUGCCCUGGAGCGGCCCCAGAUCGAGGCAGGCAGUACCGAACGAAUCUUCCUCACCGUGUCCAACUACAUCUUCACAGCCAUCUUCGUGGGCGAGAUGACACUGAAGGUGGUGUCGCUGGGCCUGUACUUCGGCGAGCAGGCGUACCUGCGCAGCAGCUGGAAUGUGCUGGACGGUUUCCUUGUCUUCGUAUCUAUCAUCGACAUCGUUGUGUCUGUGGCCUCUGCCGGGGGUGCCAAGAUCCUGGGAGUCCUCCGGGUUCUGCGGCUGCUGCGCACCCUGCGCCCCCUGCGCGUCAUCAGCCGGGCCCCUGGUCUGAAGCUGGUGGUGGAGACACUCAUCUCGUCCCUCAAGCCCAUCGGCAACAUCGUGCUCAUCUGCUGUGCCUUCUUCAUCAUCUUCGGCAUCCUAGGGGUGCAGCUCUUCAAGGGCAAAUUCUACCACUGUCUGGGGGUGGACACUCGCAACAUCACCAACCGCUCUGACUGCGUGGCUGCCAACUACCGCUGGGUCCACCACAAAUACAACUUCGAUAACCUGGGCCAGGCUCUGAUGUCCCUCUUUGUCCUGGCCUCCAAGGACGGCUGGGUGAACAUCAUGUACAACGGGCUGGACGCUGUGGCUGUGGACCAGCAGCCCGUGACCAACCACAACCCCUGGAUGCUGCUGUACUUCAUCUCCUUCCUGCUCAUCGUCAGCUUCUUCGUGCUCAACAUGUUUGUGGGCGUGGUGGUGGAGAACUUCCACAAGUGCCGGCAGCACCAGGAGGCUGAGGAGGCGCGGCGGCGAGAGGAGAAGCGGCUACGGCGCCUGGAGAAGAAGCGCCGCAAAGCCCAGAGGCUGCCCUAUUAUGCCACAUACUGCCCCACCCGGCUGCUCAUCCACUCCAUGUGUACCAGCCACUACCUGGACAUCUUUAUCACCUUCAUCAUCUGCCUCAAUGUGGUCACCAUGUCCCUGGAGCACUACAACCAGCCCACGUCCCUGGAGACAGCCCUCAAGUACUGCAACUACAUGUUCACCACUGUCUUUGUGCUGGAGGCUGUGCUGAAGCUGGUGGCAUUUGGCCUGCGGCGCUUCUUCAAGGACCGGUGGAACCAGCUGGACUUGGCCAUCGUGCUGCUGUCUGUCAUGGGGAUCACGUUGGAAGAGAUCGAGAUCAACGCGGCACUGCCCAUCAACCCCACCAUCAUCCGCAUCAUGCGGGUCCUGCGCAUCGCCCGGGUGCUGAAGCUGUUGAAGAUGGCCACAGGGAUGCGGGCGCUGCUGGACACGGUGGUGCAGGCCCUGCCCCAGGUGGGCAACCUGGGCCUCCUCUUCAUGCUACUCUUCUUCAUCUAUGCUGCCCUGGGCGUGGAGCUCUUUGGGAAGCUGGCCUGCAAUGAGGAGAACCCAUGCGAGGGCCUGAGUCGGCAUGCCACCUUCGAGAACUUCGGCAUGGCCUUCCUCACGCUCUUCCAGGUCUCCACGGGUGACAACUGGAAUGGGAUCAUGAAGGACACGCUGCGAGACUGCACCCACGAUGAGCGCAGCUGCCUGAGCAGCCUGCAGUUCGUGUCGCCGCUGUACUUCGUCAGCUUCGUGCUCACCGCCCAGUUCGUGCUCAUCAACGUGGUGGUAGCCGUGCUCAUGAAGCACCUGGACGACAGCAACAAAGAGGCCCAGGAGGAUGCUGAGAUGGACGCCGAGAUCGAGCUGGAGAUGGCCCACGGCCUGGGCCCCAGCCCACAGCCCCCUGCUGCCUCCCCAGGGGCUCCUGGCCGAGGACCAGGAGUGGCGGGCAGCGGGGGCGACAGUGAGGGCCACCGGUGCCGGCGCUGCUACUCUCCAGCCCAGGAGACCCUGUGGCUGGACAGCGUCUCUUUAAUCAUCAAGGACUCCUUGGAGGGGGAGCUGACCAUCAUCGACAACCUGUCCGGCUCCAUCUUCCAUCACUAUGCCUCGCCCACGCCCGCUGGCUGCAGGAAGUGUCACCACGACAAGCAGGAGGUGCAGCUGGCGGAGACGGAGGCCUUCUCCCUGAACUCAGACAGGUCCUCGUCCAUCCUGCUGGGUGACGACCUGAGUCUUGAGGACCCCACAGCCUGCCCAUCUGGCCCCAAAGACAGCAAGGGUGAGCCGGACGUCUCCGAGCCCAUGCGGGUGGGAGACCUGGGCGAAUGCUUCUUCCCCCUGCCCAACGCAGCAGUCUCCUCGGGAACAGAGAACUUCCUGUGCGAGAUGGAGGCGAUCCCAUUCAACCCUGUCCGGUCCUGGCUGAAGCACGAGAGCAGCCAAGCACCCCCGAGCCCCUUCUCCCCGGAUUCGUCCAGCCCACUCCUGCCCAUGCCUGCUGAGUUCUUCCACCCUGCUGUAUCUACCAGCCAGAAAGGGCAGGAGGGAGGUGCCGGCGUGGGGACCCUCCCCAAGAUUGCCCUGCAGGGUUCCUGGGCCUCCCUGCGGUCGCCCAGUGUCAACUGCACCCUCCUCCGACAGGCCACCGUGAGUGACACGUCGCUGGAUGCCAGCCCCAGCAGCUCAGCAGGCAGCCUGCAGACGACACUGGAGGACAGCCUGACCCUGAGUGACAGUCCCCGAUGUGUCCUGGGGCCACCAGCGCCUGUACCAGGGCCCCGGGCUGGUCUGUCACCAGCCACCCGCCGCCGCCUCAGCCUCCGGGGCCGUGGCCUGUUCAGCCUGCGUGGGCUCCGUGCACACCAGCGCAGCCACAGCAGCGGUGGCUCUACCAGCCCGGGGUGCACCCACCAUGACUCCAUGGACCCCUCAGAUGAGGAGGGCCGCGGUGGCACGGGAGGUGGGGGUGCGGGCAGCGAGCACUCCGAGACCCUCAGCAGCCUGUCGCUCACCUCCCUCUUCUGCCCGCCCCCUGCGCCGCCCCCACCCGGCCUCAUGCCUGCCCGGAGGUUCAGCAGCACCAGCAGUCUGGCUGCUGUCCCCGGCCGUCCCCGAGUCCCCACCGGCACCACCACCCAGCCCCGCGGCCUGGCCCGGAGCCCCUCAUGGGCCUCGGACCGCAGCAAGGACCCACCAGGCCAGGCCCCGCUGUCCUCGGGCUUGGGUCCCUCGGGGCCUGAGCCGCAGCUGCACCCUGGGGACCUGGAGUCGGGAGAUACCGCGAGCAAGAGGAAGAGAUGAGGGGCCGCGGGGGCCGUGCCGGUGCCCACCGUGCACCCGCCUGCCCCGUUUCAACUUCUUUUACCUCAGGAGCCAGGGAGCAGACAGCAAUACUUUGUCCACACCUGGGAAUGGCUCGGGGACAGCCAGCCACCAGGCUGCCAAGUGGACGAGAUGGAGGAGGGUCUGGGUUAGCCAGGCUCAGACGUGGACCCCGCUGUGGCCCAGCGUGGCCCUCCCAGUGCAUAUACAUAUAUAUAUGCAGAUAUAUAUAGAGAGACAGACAUAUAUAUUUAUUUAUUUUUUUUACUGAGAGCUUAUGACUUCCAGAAAGUGCUAAAGUUCGGGAUGUGGCCAGGGUUUGGACAGGGGUCUUGUCUGCUGCUUGGGACCCAGGCCCACCCAGGGCAGAGGAUCCUGCCUGGGCAUUGACAGCGUAGUUUUGGUGUCUCCCUGGGUCGGGAGUAGCUUGAGAAGCUGAGCAGGGCUGCGGCCAGGAGACAGGUCCAGGUGAAGAGGUGCAAUUCAGGGUAUGCUUUUUUUUCCCUGUAAAGAAGAGACGCUGCUAAGAUCCACCACCACCCCCCACGUGUUGGGGUGUCUGUCUUGUCCCUCUGACUGUCUCGUUGUUGUGAAGUCUUUUGUAGACACCCCUGAGCACACACUCCCUUAGUCACUGGUUAGAUGUUUUCCUUAGAAAAAUCAGGGGUGAGUAGUUGUAUUUCUUAGGGCAGGGGUGGGGUGGUGGACAACUCUCAGGUCAGGCAGGGGGAUCUGGCACAGUGAGGGUCUGGCUCCAGUGAACACUCUGGGAGCCCCCCCAAAGGUGAGUCCUGAGGUGCCGCUGUUCCUGAGGGCCUGUGAUCGCCCUGCCCUGAGCAUCUCUGCCUGUGCCACCUUGGAGUGCAGGGAACAGCAGGUCCGACAGGAUUAGCAGGGGUGGGACAUCUGUUCAGGCCCCAGACCAGCCUCUCCCCAGCCCAGCUCCUGCACCCUCCAGCCUGCAUCUGCUGCUUCCCAUUCACUUGUCCUUGGGUCUCUAUCUCACCGUCCUGAGUUGCAGGUCAAGUAGUGCUUCCCAAACAGUUCCAGACGGGUGUUUUUUUAUUUGAAUACUUAUGAUGCAUUUAUUUCAGUAUUUAUUAGAAAAAAUAAAAUACACGGGAGCUGUGAUUUCAGAGGCACAUUGCUUAAGUCAAGGCUGAGUUCUAAACAGUGUGUGGAUUUUUAAAGGAGGUCAGGAAGGUGUAGGUAAUGGUGGUCCACAGAAACGCAGAACGCUGGGGCGGAAACGCAAUGUGUUUGAGAUCUGUAGCACCUUGGCCAUCACGGGGCCUUUGUCUUUGCUUUUGCUGAGCUAUCUGGGGACUUCUGCUAGGCCCUGCUAGGAGGUCUUGUCCCCACUCCCAAGGCCUGGCUUCACAGAAGUCAGCCUCCAGCCAGGCUGGUGAGAGGUCUGCUGUUAGGAAAGGGCUCUGGGCUUCCUUGGGGCUGGCAUCCUGGGGCCUGGGUGCCGUGGUAAAGCCAGGAGGAAGCAGGUGCCAUGCACAUCUUUGGUGCAGGGCCCUUCCCCUUAGAGCCGAGGUGGUGAGGACAUUUUACAUCUGAGGAAACUGGGGCCCAGAGAAGUAAAGCAGGGUCCCCAGGAUCUCACAGGGCCCUGGCAGCCACGAAGGCGAGGUGCCCGUGGACUGGGCAGAAAAGCCCAUGUUCUGAAGUGAGGGUGGUUCAGAGGGCCCAGCGUAGAGCUGGCGGACUUGGCAGCCAGGGCCGGACAGGCCCCAGAGCCCCUGGGCUCCACUCUCUGUCAUCUUUAGUCUGCAGGGCGGCCCUGUGCGUGUGCCCUAGCCUUUCCCGAUGUCACCGGGUGCUGGGUGGCCGGGCGGGGAAUAUGACCACCAGGAGUGUCUGACACAAAGCAGCCCCUUUACACAGACUGGGUGGCCCCAGAACAAGCAGGUUGUCAGGGACGGUGGUCCAGGCAAAGGGACAGGUGUGAGCGAAGGCAGCCAGCCAGAGCAGGGCAGAUGAAGGUGGGUGUGGCUGAGGAGAGAAGCUGUGGCCGGUAGCCGGUUCCUGGAGGGUCCCAAAUACUUGUCCCAGACAUUUGGCCUUGUUCCGGUGGGUGUCAGGGGACCAGGGACCAGGGAAGCUUGGCGUCACUGGCCAGGACAAGCCAAAGUGGAUAAGGGUUGGGCAAAGGGCUCCUCCGCCCUUCCCGACCCUGUGGCCUGGGCUGCAUAUGUCUGUCACAAAAGCACAAACUUUACCCUCAUCCACAUGGGCCUGGCUGUGCGGAGAAGAGAGACCCUAAGGGUUUUGUUUUCAGGGCUGUGUGGAGUGGAGGCUGGGGGGACUUGGCAUCGGUGGAGAGGGACCCAAGACCACACAGGCGGUGGCCUGCCCUGGCCAGCUGUCCUCCUGUCCCUUGAAGGAGGUCAGAGCUGCACAGUAUCCGCCUGUCUGCCUGCCCUCCACCCAAGCCCUCUGUGUCCAGGGCCACCUCCAGCCCCCUUUGCCGCGCUGUGGAAGGGCUUAGGGUCCUAGAAUCCUCUCUUUAGCCCAGACACACAUACUCUUUUUGUCUCUGUGCAAUAAUCAGUGUUCCUGGCUGAGCCAGGGCCAAGCUGGGGGCUGGGGAGGAGGCAGGGACCAUCUCGUCCAGGAAGCCCUCGCUGGCCCCGCUGCUGCCACUCUAGCACUCCCCGUGGCUGUGCAGUUUCUACGUCGUGAUGAACUUCCCUCCUAGCUGCUGACGGCACUGGUCCCUGCUGGCCCAGAGGGCUCAGGCGCAGAGAAUCCAAGCAGCAGCACGGCCAGUGUCGUUUUGAAUAAAACCCCAGACACCUA